AAAAGCAUUAUGGAGAAAAGAAGUGGAUCACUUUCGUGGGAUAAUCUCAAGUGUGAACUUCACCCAUGGAUUAAAGAGGCUAUUAAGUCGUUGGGUUAUCCGACGAUGACCCCAGUUCAAGCAUCAACGAUUCCUCUUUUCAGUGGUAAUAAAGACGUUGUUGUUGAGUCCGUCACUGGAUCAGGUAAAACCCUUGCGUUUGUUAUACCUGUAUUACAGAAAAUCUCCAAUAGGCUUCAUGGCUCAUUAGACCAGAUCAAGGAAGAGGAAAGCGAUAUUGAACCUGUGAAGAAAGGACAUAUGCUUGGGAUAAUUAUUUCACCUACUAGAGAAUUGGCAAACCAGAUCCAGCUGGUCUUCGAUAAAGUUCUUGAAUAUCUCCCAGAGGAUAAGAAGCAAAUUAAAACUCAGUUACUCGUUGGGUCUUUAUCUUCGGUAAGAGAAGAUUUGGAUCAUUUCCGUAAGCAUGGAUCACAUAUCCUUAUAGCAACACCAGGAAGAAUUCUUGAUUUUUUAAGUUCUCAAUAUGUGAAGACUAAUUCUGUUGAGAUUGCUGUAUUAGAUGAAGCUGAUAAGUUGUUGGAUAUGUCUUUUGAAAAGGACGUUAUGAAUAUAUUGAAAAGAUUACCCAAGCAACGUCGUACGGGGUUAUUUUCAGCUACAUUAUCUGCUGCUGGUGACUCUAUUUUCAGAACUGGUAUGUCAAACCCUGUCAAGGUGGCCGUUAAGUCUAAAGCCACCCAUUUAAACUCGGCACCUGCCUCAUUGAAUAUUAGCUACAUGUUGGUCAGCCCUGAAAGAAAAAUCACAACCUUGCUCAAGUUGUUGCAAGACUAUAAAUAUCAAAAAUGUAUUGUCUACUUUCCUACUUGUGCUUCCGUUAAAUAUUUUUACUCCGUUUUCCAAAGACUUGUCAACGACUCUGGAUUAGAAUUUUUUUCAUUGCAUGGACAAUUGUCUACUCAACCCAGAUUGAAGACUUUGCAGAAGUUCACUGAAGGGGAUAUAAACAUUGGAAAAUAUGUCUUAAUGACAACAGAUGUUGCUGCAAGAGGUAUUGAUGUCCCAGAUGUGGAUUUAGUUAUACAAUUAGAUCCUCCUACUGACCCGGAUGUGUUCUUGCAUAGAUGUGGUAGAACAGGGAGAGCUAACAAAGUAGGACAAGCAAUUUUUAUGUUGAAUGAAAACUCCCGUGAAGAAGACUACAUUGACUUUUUGGAAGUGAAAGGUGUUGUAGUAAAAGACAUGAAAGCUCCCGAAGUAAAUACCAGUCAUGACAAAUUUCAAGAAAAUUUCAGAAAGCAUGUUCUCGAAGAUAGGGCAAGGCAUGAAAUCGCUGUGAAAGCAUAUGUUGGGUUUGUCCGUUACUAUUCUAAGCAUGUUGCAUCUUCAAUAUUCAGAUUACAGAGUCUUGACUAUUUAGGUAUUGCCAAAAUGUAUGGUUUAAUAAGACUUCCUAAAAUGCCUGAAACAAAAUAUAUACCGAAUGAGCUUAUGCCAGAGGAUGGGUGGCUUAUAGAUCCACCAAUAGAUAUGGACACCUACUCUUAUGCUGACAAGGCUAAAGAGGAAAGUAGAUUGACCAACUUGCAACUGGAAAAAGAGAAAAAGGCCAAAGAUGCUAAAACUCGUAAACUAUUAAAAGUUAAAAAUGAAGCGUGGUCUUCUAAAACCGAGAAGAAAGAGACUAAACAACAAAGAAGAGAAAAGUCAAAACGUAAAAGAGAAGCAAUUGAAAAACAAAUCAUGGAAGAAUCUUCAGAUGAUGAAGGCACUGAAACUGAUUGGAAAGAGCUUGUGCAAAUGAACAAAAAGAGCAAAACUAAUAAUAAUGUUCAAGGGUCUUUCGAUGAUUUAUGAUUACUAUAUAUUAUAUAUAAAAUGC